AAUGCCUCGAGCACAACGUAAACGAAAAAUGUCUGGUGAAACAGAUAGUUCGCCAAAAACAAAGGCAGAGAAAAAGCCUAUAAAGAGGCAACGUAAGCGAAAUAUUUCAGAUUCAGAUGAGGACGAGGAAAAACAACCAGAUGAUAGCAGGUCACCAGUAAAAUACGAAAAUAGCGAUGUUGAAAAUGAAACGAAAAAGAAACCAAAACCAAAAACUCAGAGAAAGAAGAAAACGAAAGAAGCUUUAACUGAUGAUAGUAACCCUCCCAAGAAAACAAAAUCAAGAGGCAGUAAAAAAAAGUCUGUUGAGGAAACUAUAGAGGCUAAUGAACAACUGCUGGAAAUGGCUAAAGAAAAUGAAAAAGAACCACCCGGUGAAAAAUACAUUGGCGGACAUAAUUCAAUUAACGGUGGGUUAUAUAAAGCGGCAUUAGAAUCGGCUUCAAUCAAAGGAAGAGCAUUUGGAUUGUUUCUUAAAUCAAAUAGACAAUGGGCGGCAAAAGCACUCUCAGACGACGAUGUUGACAAUUUUCAACGUGCCUGCAAAAAAUUAAAUUAUUCACUUGAUAAAAUAUUACCUCAUGGUACAUAUUUAAUGAACUGUGCUUCAACGGAUUCGGAACAAUUGAAGAAAAGUCGUGAUUGUAUGCUGGAAGAGGUCAAAAGAUGCCAGAGGCUGGGAAUAAAAUUGUAUAAUUUUCAUCCCGGAUCUACGUGCGGAAAGGGAAAAGUUGAAGAAGGUCUGCAAACAAUCGCCGAUAGUAUUAAUAUGGUUCUUAAAGAAACAAAAGAUGUCAUUAUACUCUUGGAAAAUAUGAGCUGUCAAGGAAACACAAUCGGUGGAAAAUUCUCAGAACUAUCUAGUAUUAUUGAUAAAGUUGAUGAUAAAUCAAGAAUCGGAGUUUGUCUAGAUACGUGUCAUGCUUUUGCUGCUGGUUUUGAUAUUAGAACAGAAGAGAGUUAUGAGGCAAUGAUGUCUGAAUUUGAUGAAACAAUAGGAUUAAAGUAUUUAAAAGCUAUUCACUUAAAUGAUUCCAAGGGCAAACUCGGAUGUCACGCAGAUCGACAUGAGAACAUUGGAAAAGGUGAAAUAGGACUGGAUGGAUUUAAACUUGUAAUGAAUGAUUCUCGUUUGAACAAUAUGCCAAUGAUACUAGAAACACCCUUCAUUGAGAAUGUAUCUAAUUAUGAAGAGGAAAUAGAAACCUUGUACGGCCUUGUGAAAUAA